GUCCGAGGAGGAGGGGGAGGAAGAAGAGGAGGAGGAGCUGGAGGAGGAGGAGUCCAGAGGGGUCUUUACCCGCUAUAAGCUCUUCGGCCCGCAGGUGAUUUGCACUUCCCGCUGCGUGCACACCUCUUUAUCAUACGGCGAACCACGGUUUCGCUGGGGCUGGCGCCCGGCCGGUGGCGGGAGCGGGGCGGCGGGACGGAGAUCGGCACGAGGGGAGCCUCCGACCCGGGGAAGUCCUCUUUUCCGUCAAAAGAGGAGGGCAGUGGCACUCGUCUUGUUGCGAGGAUGACAAAAUACAACGUGUGAAGAUCCCCAACACGCAUAGUUAGGAAGUCAGCACACCAAGAGGAAAUGGACUGGUCCAAACUAAAACACCUAGGGCUGUACCAGCUCACCAUGGAUAUCAUUGUGAUGAUCCGAGUGUGUAAAAUGUUCCGCCAGGGCCUCAGGGGAUUCCGGGAAUAUCAGAUCAUCGAGACUGCUCACAGAAAGCACCCUAUCUUUUCCUUCUGGGAUAAAAGGAAACAAGGCCGAAUCACAUUUGAUACUAUGGACUUCGUUGCAGAGGAGGGUCACUUUCCUCCAAAAGCCAUGCACAUCGCACAGAAGCUGCCUUCCUGGAGGACAGAGCCCGAGAUCCAGGCCCUCCGUAACCUCCUGCAGGUCCUGGGCAGCUACCGCAACUACUCAGAGCCCCUGCAGCUGCUCCUGGCCAGAGUCAUGCGCUUUGAACGGUUUGGUCGCAGGCGCGUGAUCAUCAAGAAGGGGCAGAGGGGCAACAGCUUUUAUUUCAUCUACCUGGGCACCGUCGCAGUGACUGAGGAUGAUGAUGGCAGCAGCGCCUUCCUGGACACCCACCCCGUAUUGUUGCACAAGGGCGACUGUUUUGGGGAAUUGGGCGUUCUGACUCCAUCACUAAGGAGGGCCACUGUGGUCUGUAUGGAAGAAACAGAAUUCCUGGUUGUCGACAGAGAAGAUUUCCUUGCGAAUAAGCUGGACCAGGAAUUCCAAAAGGAUGCUCAGCAUCGAUUUGAAUUUUUUAGGAAGAUGGAUCUGUUUGAGUCGUUGUCUGAUGAGAAGCUCUGGAAGCUCGUAACCCUGGGGAAGGUGGAGAAGUUCUCGUAUGGGCAGCUGAUCUCAAAAGACUUUGUAGAAUCAUCCUCUAUCAUGUUUGUCAGCAAGGGCAGCUGUGAAGUGCUGCGUCUGAUAGACCUCAGGACCUCGCCUUUCUACUACAAGUGGAUCUGGCAGCAUCUGGAGCUGAUAGACAACAGACCUCUGAAGACCCACCUCAAUGAACCUUCUCCUGUGGAGAGAUUUAAGGAAUUUCAGAUCAAAUCAUAUCCUGUACAGGACUUUAGCUUUCUGAAACUUAAGCACCUCCAGAACUCCUGGGAGCCAAAGGGGACCAGCUUCAGUAGGAGGAUUAACACCUCAGGGAAUACUCUUCCAAAGAUGUUGGGCCCGAAGAUCAAAUCCAGGAAUCCUCAUUCGCUUGAAUGUUCCAUGAUCAGUACCAAGUAUGGUGAUCUCCCUGAGGAGGCUGCAGUGGGCGCCUACAUCAAGAUCCACACUGUGGAGGAAGGAGAAACUGUG